AGCUUUUCCACGGCUCACCUUGCAGCCAGCCUCGUUGCCCUUGCCCUUUCGAACAUGGCCGCAAUCACGGCCUUGACUGCUAUCGUCAGGGACUCGCAGAGGACACCGGAAGUGACCUUGCUCACUGUUCCGGGCGAAGACAACGAGGCAACCGAGAUGGAGGGUAGCUGGGCGAGCCUGUUGGCAAGCGUCGGUCUUCUAGUGACCAGCGUCGCCGAGCUGUUGGUCUCUGGCUACAGCUGCCUGACCUUGACCCCGAAGCUCUGCGGAUGCCUCCGAGCGAGCAACGUCGACGACGUAACGAACGACGGCCGAUUGAAGACCCGCAACAUGGUCCAUCAGUGGGUGACCGCGCAGAACCACGUGCCGCCGAAAAGUCAGCCGAUCUACGUGGUGCAGCCGAUGCUGCCGAUGCAUCCGAUGAUCCAGUCGCCUUAUGCAAUGGCUGGCGCUCCUGCGAAAUUUCCCGGAGGAUUCGUGCCUGCUGGACCUCUGCCAAUAGCCCCAGCUUAUGGUGCUGUUCCUAUGCUGCCGCACAUGCCGUACGCGGCUCGUCCCCCAUCGCAAAUCAUUCGGCCGAAACAUAAGCGUCACAUAACCGUGGAUCAUGAAGACACCAUAGAGAGGAAGAAACAAACGGAAAGGAAAACGGAGUCCCCAAAGAGGAUGUCCUCUAUAGGAGAAGAUCAGGUAGAUCUAGCUCAAACGUACACAGGAUUGGACAAAAAGAUUUCAGAGGAGUUCAUCUCGAUCGCCAUGGAUCCGGAAAGGAAAUCGAAAGCCUCCAGCAGUCAUGGUAGUGAAAUCGGUACUGCGAAAACCUCUUGAAAGCAUGGUAUCUACAUUUUCAAGCUUCGUAUCGUAUAUACGAAAUAUUCUCCUACAUUUUUACGCGCAUAAUUAGUGCUAAAAAAGAAAA